GAGAGAGGCCUGCGCGCGCGUGUUUUACUGCGUGUGUAUGUGUAUCUCUCUCUGUAUGACUGUAUGAGUGUGUGUGUUUGAAGUAAAGGCGGCGCGAGCAGCAGACGGACGGCUCUGAAGCAGGCGUUCGCGGUGUCCGUUUCCCUCAGGCUGGCCGGCCGCGCGCGAGGAGCUUCACGCGCUGCGAGAAUCACCGCGAGACUCUCCGCGGCUUCGAGACUCCGGAGAAAACCAUCCGGAGAGGAGGGGGGACCGGACACAGCGCGAGACAGAGACAGAGGGAGAGACAGGGGGAAAUAUGCCGCGUGAAAACAAAACCCGCAGCUCUGAUCGUCAUUUCCCCGUCAUUCCUCCUCUCUCGCGCGUCUCUGUUCAGCGCACGAGCUGCUGAGAUGAGCGGCACAGCGCGCGGAGCCCAACAGCCAGUGACCGGACAGAGCGGAGCAGAUACGUCCUCCGCUCACUGACGGGUGACGGAGCACGGGGGACACGGGGGCUGCGGCGAGGAGCAGGAGCAGCAGCAGCAGGUCUCCUCCGCGUGCGUGCGUGUGUUUGUGUGUGCGCGCGCUUGCGUGCGUGUGCGUGGCGUGUGUACACGUGUGUGUGUGUGUGUGGAGGACAGGCGGCCGCGGCGCUGCUUAUGUUGAGCCCCGGGCAGCUCUUCUCUCCCCGGUCCGUUCCUGAACCGCAGCCGCCGCCGCCGGGAUGCAGGAGAAACAGCAGCAGCAGCAGCGCGGCUCUGAGGACGCGCCGCGAGACGCGAUGAAGAAAAAAACCUCCUGCUUCUCCAACAUCAAAAUCUUCCUGGUGGCCGAGUGCGCGCUGAUGCUGGCGCAGGGCACUGUGGGAGCGUACCUGGUGAGUGUUCUGACCACGCUGGAGCGGCGCUUCAACCUGCAGAGCGCUGACGUGGGUGUGAUCGCCAGCAGUUUUGAGAUUGGCAACCUGGCCCUCAUCCUCUUCGUCAGCUACUUCGGUGCUCGAGCUCACCGCCCGCGUCUGAUUGGCUGUGGGGGUAUUGUGAUGGCGCUGGGGGCCCUGCUGUCAGCACUGCCCGAGUUCCUUACCAACCAGUACGAGUACAAGAUCAUAGACGCGUGGCGCCGGGAAGCGGAACGGGACGUGUGCUCCAACACCUCUCGCACCAUGGACGACGAGCUGUGCGGGAACAGGACCAACACCAACAUGAUGUACCUCCUGCUGAUCGGAGCCCAGGUCCUGCUGGGGAUCGGAGCCACGCCUGUGCAGCCUCUGGGCGUGUCCUACAUAGAUGAUCAUGUGAGGCGGAAAGACUCCUCGCUCUAUAUCGGUAUACUGUUCUCCACCCUGGUGUUUGGACCUGCCUGUGGCUUCAUCCUCGGUUCCGUCUGCACCAAGUUCUAUGUGGAUGCAGUCUUCAUUGAUACAUCCAAGCUAGAAAUCACCCCGGAUGACCCGCGCUGGAUUGGAGCGUGGUGGGGCGGCUUCCUUCUCUGCGGUGCCUUACUCUUCUUCUCCUCCCUGUUCAUGUUCGGCUUCCCCUCUUCACUGUCGGAGCAGCAGGAGGGCGGGACUGAGAGUGAGCAGGCCAUGCUGCCGCCGGCCAUGACUCAAUCCUACGACCACUCCAAGCCCAGCAACGGCGUCAUGCCCAACCACCAACCCAACGAUGGAGUGUCCUGCUGCGACCAGCUCCGAGUGAUUCCCAAGGUCACCAAACACCUGCUGUCCAACCCCGUGUUCACGUGCAUCAUUUUGGCGGCCUGUAUGGAGAUCGCUGUGGUGGCUGGCUUUGCUGCUUUUCUAGGAAAGUACUUGGAGCAGCAGUUUAACCUGACAACCACCUCCGCUAAUCAGCUUCUGGGUAUGACGGCCAUCCCGUGUGCAUGCCUGGGAAUCUUUAUGGGUGGCUUGCUGGUAAAGAAGCUGAACCUCUCGGCUCUGGGAGCUAUUCGUAUGGCCAUGCUGGUCAACCUGGUCUCCACCGCCUGCUACGUAUCCUUCCUAUUCCUGGGCUGCGACACGGGGCCUGUCGCCGGGGUGACCGUCGCCUAUGGCAACGAAACCCUGCUACCAGGUAAAAAACCUGAAGCUGCGUGCAUCAGCAACUGUAACUGCUACACGUCGUCUGUUAGCCCUGUGUGUGGCUCCAAUGGGGUUACUUACCUGUCGUCCUGUUUCGCUGGCUGCACCAAAUCCUUCAACACUGGAGUGCCUCCUCCUCUGGCUCAGAACUUGACUGGAUGUGCGUGCAUUACUGGCGAUGGUGAACCCUCCACAGCAGUACCAGGCAAAUGCCCAAGGCCCGGCUGCCAGGAGGCCUUCCUCACCUUCCUGUGUGUGAUCUGUGCCUGCAGCAUGAUUGGCGCUAUGGCACAGACACCCUCCGUCAUCAUCCUCAUCAGGACUGUCAGUCCGGAGUUGAAAUCGUAUGCCCUUGGUGUUCUGUUUCUCUUACUCCGACUGCUGGGAUUCAUCCCUCCGCCUUUGAUCUUCGGCGCGGGGAUUGACUCCACAUGCCUGUUCUGGAGCUCAGAGUGCGGGACCAAGGGCGCCUGCGUGCUGUACGACAACGUGAGGUACCGACACCUGUACGUGAGCCUGGCCAUCGUGCUGAAGGUCAUCGCCUUCCUGCUCUACACCACCACCUGGCAAUGCCUGCGUAUAAACUAUAAGAAGUACAUUAAAAACUGUGAGGCCUACGUGACGUCCACUGAAAUCUUCUCCUCUGACGUGAACCUGGACAGUCUGGGCAAGGAGGUGGGCCUGAAUCCAGUCAACAGGACAAAGUUUAUAUACAACUUGGAGGACCACGAGUGGUGCGAGAACAUGGAGUCGGUUUUAUAGUGGCCGGAAAGAAGCCCCUGCUUGACACAAAAAUAUAGUUCUUUCGAAGGCUCGCCUUCUCCUGCUCCUUUUAUUCAUUUUUGUGAAGGAUAGAACUUUUUUUCUCUUUAAAGAGAGACAUGAUUUAGGUCCCUGUGGCCACCGUAGAGGACAGUUGCUUUUUUUUUUUUUUUCUUUUCACCCAGCUAAUUGAUGGGUUGGGUCCAUGUCGUUCUUAGAAGUCAUAUCAAAGAGGCUGUUUGUCCAGUGCCAGUAAACUAUGUUGUGCUUGUUAGUUGAAGACAUCUACUGUACUCUUCGGCUGCAUCCUCGGCUGCUAACGAGCUGGACCCGAGCUAAUGAUCCGUUAGCUUACGGACGUCUAACGUAGACGCAAUCGCAUAAUGACCAGUUCCACAUUUUCCGUUACUUGAAAGCCGUUGAAGAAAAUUUGAAGUCUGGUUAAAUCCAUCUUCGGUUGUCCAGUUCUCUGUUUUUUUCUUGAUGCCAACAAAAAGAAGAAGAAGAAGAAGAAGAAGAAAAAAUAUACAACACAGUCGUUAUAUUAGGUGCAUUUUCUGUGUUUAAUGUGCAGAUGAGAACUGUCAUCCACUCCUUCUGUGUCUCGAUGUCCGUUUCGUCUAAGUAGCGGAGAAACUUUCAGCAAACUUCAGUAUCAGCACAUAUCGUGUUAACAUUGUGGCCAAGAGACUUCUUUUGCAAUAGGAACUUAAUCUACUGCUUCAUCACAGAAUUUCAUAUCACUUUUUUAUAGCUGCAUUGUACCAAGCCAAUAUCAGUCUUUCUGAAAAGCAUUUGUUCAAGCUUCAUUCAGCUGUUCUUUUGACGGAUGUCCUAUUCCUAGUUGGCGCUGUUGCGCCAGUUACUUUAUACUGUUACUAUGUUAUUCAGCAUAGUUUAAUUAAGCCCAGAAAUGUCUUAAUUGUAUGAGGUAAUUGAAGCAGAUAUGUUCUAUAUCUACACUGGUGCAAUAGUUGGAAGGCGUGUUUGAAAAAGCCAGACAAUUUCAGUAAUAAUUGUUCAUAAUUUCUAUUUGUUGUUAUUUUUUUAUUAGAGCACAUUAUUUUGUUUGAGGGGGAAAAAAGCUACAAAUGUAGAGAUUUAGUUUUGCGUAUCAACUUGAUGACGUUGUGUUGCCCAGAUUAAUAUAUUGAUGUGAUUUAUGAGUACAGGACUAUUAGUAUAAAUGGUAUAAUUUAUACAACAGAAGAAAAGAGAAGAGAGGAUGAAACAGGUAUUAUAAUAGAGAUAAAAUAAAAUAAACAGAAGCAGGACUUUGUCUUAAAGUGGCAGUGAUUCUGACUUAAACCUCAGUCCAUCUGCAUAUUAGUUAAGUAUAUUGCUCUUUUAAACCAAACCAGUGAUGAUUCUGUAGUCAGGCAGGGCAGUCUGACCCUAGGCUUAUCAUUCCCUAGGGCCAAAAAAAAAUCUGCCUUCAGAUACUGAAGCUGUUGGUCAAAACCUCAUUAUAUGAGGCACUAGAAUUGAUCUGAUUCAUUUUUUCCCCAUGCAACAAGAAAAUGAAUUCAGCUUAUCUAACCAAUUAAGAUUGAGCCUAGCAGAACCCAUCAUGAAUCUUGUAAGCUUUGCUCUGUGUUUUAGGCUGGUAUUACCCCUACUGGGAACCAUUUCUUCAGUCGCUUUAUAAAACCAAAUCAGCCUGAUCUAACUGGCUGUGGAGAUAGUUAACUUAGUUAAAGAAGAACAAACACAAAGAUUAGCUGUAGAGGAAAGACAGCGUAAAUGCAACUCUUGCGAUUGAUCCCUAUAUGCACAAGUGGUUCACUACCAGGGCAAUGCCAGACUAGUUCUAGUUAAAGUGGAACUGACCAGGACAGACCCUAGGCUUCAGGCUGAGCUCCUGUACUUUCAAGUACAUUUUAUAGGCAGAAAAGCAGACAAUUAUUUCAUUAUUUAAGAUAAAUAGGAACUGAAAUCAGACUCACUGCAGCUUUUUAAAGUCUGUUGCAUCUGCAUGUGGAAAACAAAGCCAUGGUACGAAAUUUACCUUCUUUUUUUUUUCCUUCUUCUUUUUUUUUCGCUUAAAAGAUUUUAAUGCCAGAUACUGAUGCAUACAGGUUACCCUUUUUGGCUGAAAAUAAUGGUUGAUAUAAUCUGUGCAUCAUUGGAACCUAUUUAAGGCUUAAUAGCACACCCAUCUUGUUUUACUGAUUAAAGGUCUCUGCAGUAUAAGGGUAGGUAGUAUCCUUUUCAUAUACUUUUUGUAUGGCAGAUAACUUUUAUUUUAUUCUGCAAAUAAAUAAUUUUUUUAGAAAAAAAACCUGGUGUCCAAACUGUGGUUAUUGAUCGUUUCAAACGACUCACAUUAGCGAUGCUUCAUUGCCUACAGUGCGGUCAGAGCCUGCCCACUUUCAGUUUCCUCUAAUAUAUUAGGAAAUUAAUGUAAAAAGCUAGUGGGAGGCCACAAGUAAGGAUGAGUGGGGGUUAAUGGAGCUAAAUGGCUAAAAACCAAACUAAAAACAGUAAAUAACCACGUGUCCAGGAAAUUACUCUAAUUUUAGAACACAGAAUGAUAUUUUUCAUUUAAAAAAUAAUUUAAUGAAUUGUAUGUUUCUAUGUUUAAUCAGAAUAAAGCUGCUGGUGUUCUCUGAACAAAAAAGGGGGCAUCUUGGAGACCAGGCCUCUACAUUAUUGACUGUGUCUGGAAUUACACAGAUUGUGAUAUUAAAAACUAUGCCGUUACAGAA